AUGUUAGAAUUUUCGAAAAUCUUUGACCCUCGCCAAUUUCGGAUGACGUCUCCAUCAUAUCUGGAAUUGGAAGAUCCAAUAUAUGUACAGUUUGUGAUAAAUAUAACUGACGACACGUUCAAUUCGAGUCAAGCUUUUGUAACUUCGGCAGAUAUUAACUUAAUAGACAAUGAAACACUGCAAAACCUAUUUAGAGAUUACAAAUCAGGUGGUCAAUUUAACCAACAACUUGUUGAUGUAACGAUGCAGUCAAGCUACCAAAUUUUUUAUCGCCAAAAUCAUUUCAUGUUUUACACUCGAAGUGUGAGAGAGAUAAUUAAACCCAAUAUACUCGACAACAUUGGCUACCCACCGGGAACUAUUUCUGAAUAUCUUUUAACUACGGAAUUCGAAAGUGGGCCAAUAGCUCCAAUUAUAUCACCUAGUUUAUAUGCAACCAUAUUUAUAAGGCCCAGAACUCUUUUGGUCAAAACCGAAACAGAGAAAAGGACGUACACGCUUCUUAACGCACUUGCUUUGCUUGGUGGUGCAUGGAGCGGGGCCAUAGGACUUUAUGUUUUUUUAUUUGGCAGUAAGUCUCUAAAUCCGUGGGGUUGCGUCCAAUCAUACUGUUGCUGUUUUGUUCGAAAAACGCGUUCGCAGCUUCGUGAAUCAUUUCCGACAAUACAGUCUUCAGUAUCACUAAUGACUUCAUCGUUGUCAGACUUACCAACUUCAUCAAACACAUCAUUUCGGGAACCUACAUUAGAGCAACGCCUGGACGCACUGGAGUUGUUACUUAAAGAAUAUGUAAUCGACCAAACAUACUUGGAAAAUGUAAACGGUAACAAAUACUCGAACAGACUUAGUGAGUUGAUAGGAAACUGGGUUUUGGAGGAAAAAAAAUAUUGA